AGACAAGACGUGCUCAGAAUUUUGUAACUGUCAUAUCACGUGAGUCUAUAUCAGUGUAUUAAUACACGUUGGGGAACAUUUGGUCCUUCACAAUGAAGAGUGACAACAUGUUGGCACUAUUUCUCGUCGCUGUUCUGGUGUCCCCGUGUUUUUCUGUGGAGAUAUGUCAACAAGUCUCCCCGUGCUCAUGUCGGAGCUCCGAAGGCCUGAUUGACCUCUCACCUUUGUCCAAGGAUGACGGCACGCCUGAGUAUCAGGACCAGACGGAUGGUACAGGUCAGUGGUUCUACUCCUACAACCCGUGCAAUGGCUUCACACAUGGGGGUGGAUGUAACAACGUUGCGGCGUGUCAGACAGACCAGAAUGGAAACUACUACAGUCUAGGAAGCCAACAGUCUGCCACGUUCACGAAUGACGCCACAAAUGGACUCCAGAUACGAUACAGCGCCACUGAAGAUGCAACAAGAACAAGUUUUGUAACCCUCAUAUGUGACCGGAACUCCGUCGGGACGUUCACGGUUGAUGGAGAAAACCCUCCUGGGAGUGCUAAUUAUUAUUUUUCACUGAGGAGCAUCUAUGCUUGUCCCACCACCACAACGACGACUACAACGACAACGACAACAGCUGCUCCGACGCCAGCUCCGAGGCCAGCCCCAACGCCAUCCCCAUCUCCCUUCUUUACAAUGAAGACGGUUAUCAUAUUGCUUGGAUGUGUCAUAGGCUGUUUACUCAUUCUGAUAUGUCUUGCAUUCGUUGGCCUUCUGACCAGGAGAUCAGAACAGGAGUUGCCUCCCUUCCAUGACAAGAGGAAAUUAGUUUCGUAAAAUUAUUAAAAAAACAUGAUCAAAGUGUUAAAGUCACGCUAAAUUUUUGGUUAUAAAAUCCCAUUUAGAGUGCUGAUGUUAAUAAUCAAAAUACAAAUGAAUGUUUUUUUAAAGAAAUUGUGUUCGAAAUGAAUAAACGUAGUUAUCGAACUAUUCACAUAUUGCCGAGAUAAUCCAAAUCAAACUACAAACAACAAAAGUACCUCAAAUAAAAAACAACAACAUGCCAA